GCGCCCAGCGGCCCUGCAGGCGAGAGAGCAGAUGGGGGAGGCCUUGCCUUAGCGCGGCCUGGCUGCUCUCGAGCGGCGUGAGGAGGAGCCUUCCCUUCCGGUGCAAUAUGUUCAAGAGAAUGGCUGAGUUCGGGCCUGACUCUGGAGGGAGAGUGAAGGGUGUUACUAUUGUGAAACCUAUAGUUUAUGGGAAUGUUGCACGCUAUUUUGGGAAGAAACGGGAAGAGGAUGGACACACACAUCAGUGGACAGUUUAUGUUAAACCUUACAGAAAUGAGGAUAUGUCUGCCUAUGUAAAGAAAAUUCAGUUUAAGUUGCACGAAAGCUAUGGUAAUCCAUUAAGAGUUGUAACUAAACCUCCAUAUGAAAUCACUGAAACCGGAUGGGGUGAAUUUGAAAUUAUCAUAAAAAUAUUUUUUAUUGAUCCUAAUGAGAGACCUGUGACCCUGUACCAUUUGCUGAAGUUGUUUCAGUCUGAUACGAAUGCAAUCCUGGGAAAGAAAACUGUAGUUUCUGAAUUCUAUGAUGAGAUGAUUUUUCAGGAUCCUACUGCAAUGAUGCAGCAACUCUUGACUACAUCUCGUCAAUUAACACUUGGUGCUUAUAAGCAUGAAACAGAAUUUGCCAAUGUAGAAGUAAAAACUCGGGAGAAGCUAGAAGCUGCCAAAAAGAAAACCAGUUUUGAGAUUGCUGAACUUAAAGAGAGAUUAAAAGCAAGUCGUGAAACUAUAAACUGCUUGAAAAAUGAAAUCAGGAAACUUGAAGAUGAUGAUCAAUCCAAAGAGAUAUAAUAUGUACGGACCUUCUAUAGAGAUGAUCAUGGAACUGAUAAGGUGUCCUCAGAUUUUGUAGGAACAACUGCAUAUUAGGGUUUUAGGCAUUUCUUUGCAAGGGGAGACCACAUGUGCCAUUUGUUUUUAAGUAGUAUUUUCAUAAUUCAAAUUAAAGAUGUUUUAUCUCUUAUUUUAAAUGAUACGAUUACCUCAGAACUGAAAAAAAUA